AUGAAUGCCCAAGUUUGGAUGACUAAGUCUGGAAGAAGCACACUCCCGCUUGCAAUGCGCAGCUACCUACCCCUCCCCCAAACCAUCGGUGAACGAAACUGCGGCAGCUACAACCACAGUACGAAGAGUACGCGGUUAUUGCAGCUGACAAUGAUGAUGAUGAUGAUUUCUGGCCAGUGUGAGCUUCCAACACAAACCCUCACGCUGAGUUACUUGGAGACCACCUACCACAAAACGGUAGUGGACUCAGUUGGACCAUAUGGCUAUCAGUUACCUAUGGAGAGCCUCAGUUAA